UGUUAGGACAAGAUUGGUUAUGGAUGCGUAAAGCAAAAAUUAUCUUUGGGUUUUCUCCCAGAACCUAUGGACUCCGUGAUAAAAUUGUAAUAGAUGGUAUGAGUAUCCCAUUAAUCGAAGGUGGCAAUAAAACCAAAAAUGAAUCACAUAAGUCUGAUUUAUCGAUGGACGAAUAUGAUUAA